AUGGCUUUUGUUUCUUUAACAGCAAAUGAAACAUAUAAUCCAUAUAAAUCGCAAUCAAUUAUAAGUAAAGUUGAGUACCCUUAUAGCAAACUUUUCUAUAAAUAUGAACACAAGCCCAAACAGUCCUUUAGCGCAAGAUGGGUACGUGUUUAUUAUGACUAUUAUAGAAAGUGGUACGAUCAUUUACAAUACUAUUUUGCUGGGUUCUCAAACGAUCCUUAUGUUGUCCUCCAUGCUCAUACGAAAAAUCCUCAUGAUUUCGUGAGUGCUGAUGUGUACUAUUGCCACUAUCAUGAAUUACCAUUGUUAGUAACACUUCAAUCCACUACAUCAAAGAGGUACUACGCUAGGUCAGAUUUUGACCCGGAUAUAAAAGGUUAUAAACAUAAGAACCUAGAUACUUUGUUUCCUUUCAAUGAUGAAAAGACUUUAUUGCCAAUAUUGAUAGAUGAAAAUGACAAAGUAGACAAAAUAUUAACGUUCCAAGUUGAUAAGAGGGGUUAUGGCUCUUACAAUGGUGAUAAGAUUGAAUUGACUAGAUACACAUCUUACCCAGACAGUGAGAAGCACUUUGAAAGUUUAAUUGAAAAACUUCAAACUAAUGGAUUUUUCUGUUUUCGACAUCGACCUUUUUAUACCUAUCGUUCUUUGAGCUCUUAUUUUUUAUUCAAUUAUGAAAUGAUAAUGGGUUUUGACAGAAAACCCAUUGACGAGAUACAAGGACAGAAAUAUAAUGUGGCCGUUUAUUGGAGUGAUAGAGUUAAAGAACCUUUGUUACUUGAGUUUAACAAAGGAGGUCACACAUAUAAUAAUGAUCUUCUAAACAUUUAUUUUGUCAUCAGAAGAGUGCACGAAGGCUUUUAUUUUGAAAAGUUAGAAACUACAACAAAGGAAAUUAAGGAGUUUCUAACAUGGCAACAUGGAACCAUUUAUCGUAUACUUUCACACAAUAACCACCAAAUAAUGAUAGAAUUUUUGAAAAAAUUAGAGUCUAUUAUGAUUUAUAAGAUUUAUUUAUUACUGAAUAAAAUAACUACGUACACAAAAAAUGAUGUUACAACCUCUAUCAAAAAUUCAGGAUACCAAGCUUCACAACCAUUUAAGUACCAAAUUUCACCAGCCCAGCCAGAUAAUAUUACUGUAUAUUUUAAAAAAGAUUGUGUUAAACUACUCUCACCAGACUUUGAAUAUCUUGAACAAGUUAUAAAGAUUAAACCUCGUCCUGGCGCCAAUUAUAUUCUUGAUCGUGAUACUUUUCAACUGAUACUUUUUGUACCUAAAGCUGGUUACAGAAACAUAUUUAGUGAGUUAUUGUUAUAUGAGUAUUAUGAUGGCCCAUUUAAAAAAGUCGAGAACAUUUAUCACGCAUAUUACGAUUCUCCAAAUAUUAAGUUCCAUGUGUAUUUUUAUAAAGGCAAAUAUGAAACUCCUCUGUUAUUUUGUCAUAAUGGACGUGCUUAUGUCCCCGAAAGUAAACAAAAUUAUUACAACUGGGUUAAAGUUCAGAAUGUUGAAGAAUGUUUAUGCUCAGAAAAUCCUCAAAUACUUGAUGAGCUCAAACGUCUAUCUCGGUCAAUUCUAGGCAUUGUACCUCCCAAACCAGUUCACAAGCCGUCACACACCCAAGUUAAAAAAACCCCUAAAAUUCAUCAUGUUACAAUUAAAUUCGACAUUUCAAAAACGGAAACUAUGAGUUAUGAUUCAAAUAAAGUACAAGUUAGUAGCAGAAAGCUUUUUGACCAAUGCCAUAUGUUCAAUUAUUAUGUACACACUCCGAUUGUAUCAGAUUUCAAAUCUAUUUUGUUUCAGAGCAGUGUUCACAAAAAAACCAUAUCAUUUAAUGGAAUCAGUGCAAAUGAUUUUCAAUCUUUAUAUGUUUAUUUCAAUAAAUAUUUUCCUAACAAGCCAAUCUUAGCAAAAAUUCAAACAAAGCGUGGAGAAAAAUAUUACAGAAACCUAGUUCAGAAUACACAGACUUAUACAAUCCAAGAAGACACUUUGAUUAAAAAUAAUUCUGAAUUAUUAGUAAAGUUGAUUGAGGAUAGUGAUAAAUAUAAUAAAAGACUAACAUUUCAGAUUAAUAAAAAAGAAGGCACCUAUUCCAGUAUCAAUAUAUCUACUCAUAAAUCAAAACACGGUUAUACCAAGUAUACCCAUUCUCUAACUACCAGUGAUUCUUAUAAAGGGUUUUUACUUUAUAAUAAUGUACAAUUACUAGGCAGAGUGGAUGGUCGGACGGUAACUAUUGAAGAAAUACAAGAUCAAGUUUAUGACUCCGUUGAAGUUUAUUACUUCGAUAUUGACAAAGACCUCCCUUUGCUAAUUAAUCUCAAGCAAUCCGAAUCUAAUUUUUUGUAUUCAAAUAAAAAAGAUGAAUUCGGAGCUUACUGGCAUAAAGACAAUGUUAAAAAUUUCAAUGAAGAAAAUAUAAAGAACAAAUUGGAUUUUUUAUAUUAUAUGUUGAAAAAGUCUAUUGUUAUAGAAAUUGAUUCUACUUAUGACUCCAGUUAUCAAAUGAAACUGAUUGAAAAUAUGCAAGCUGAUGAUAUAUCUACUAGAAUCCAAUACUCCCGGAGUAAGACUUUACGAUCAGAGAGUAAAAUUACGGUAUCCUACUCUAAUAUAAUUAAUGAAAAAAUGCAACAUAGUGACUUUAGGUAUGUAACACACGUUAUAGAACUAUCUUCUGUUUCAGAAAUUGAUAAAAAAGAAAUAGGUGGACUAAGAUUUUUUAUGACAAAACUUGGUGUUGACGAGUUGUCAGAGAUAAAGUUUUAUAAUGCCCUCCGUGGUAAUUCACCUAGAGAAAAUGAUCGCGAAUUGUUUUAUUAUAGAUCUGAUUCACCUAAAACGACUAUUUAUAUUUAUUUUUAUAUCGAAGACCCUAGAGCAUUGUUGUUUUGUUACAUGAAUAAAUCAUUUAAGCGCAUAAGCGAACAAAAUAAUAUAGAAUGGGUCUAUAAUGGUGAUAUAAAAUGCUACUAA